CCUCCUCUGCCUCUUCCUGUUGCCUCGACCCCUGCCGCCUCCCGGACAUCCGCCAACCUCCCAGCUUUCGCCCCACGAGACACGUAUGUCAAGCUAUCCUUCCCUGGCAACCCGUCCACCGACACGAAGCUCCGAUGGUUGUCGGAGGUUACUAAAGCCUUCCACCUCCAGCGCGAUAUGGCCGAGGUCAAGAUGGCUGCCGUCACCUCCAGGUUUGUUUAUAUCUCCCGGCAGCGAACUGACAUCAUCUCCCGCGUUCAGGCUGGGGAGUUCCUGUCGCUGCCUCUCACCCCAAUGGACUCACCUGACAGGCCUCGCAAGUUUCCCAGCUACAUCCUUACCCGUUACCCUGUUGACGUGGACCCGCGUCUUGCUGAGGGUCACCAAGGCGUUUACUCGGCAAGACGCUUCAUCCAAAACGGCUCCCCCAUUAACAGGAUUGUUGUGGUGUGGAGCAUUCCUGACCCGCCUCCAUCCACUAUGGCCUUCGACUUCCUUCCGUGUCUGCCCCCCUGUGAGGUGCGUAAGCUCCAAAAUGAUCAGCCUUGGUGUUUCAGGUGCUGGGGCGUUGGCCAUAUCUCCAGGUACUGCUCUGCCUCACCGAAGUGUGCCUGGUGUGCUGCUGCUCACGACACGAGGACAUGCCCGGUCAAGAACGAGAGUUCCCGUCCAGCUGCUUCCACCUCCUCCGACCUUCAACCACCAAAGGAUGUGUCCCUCUGGAAGUGCCCACGGUGCCUUCAGCCGGGGGUUAACGUGUGGCACGGCUGUGCUCGGCGCCAGGCCCCGCUUCGUACCUCCUCGACAGCGUCACCACCACCACCUCUGCCACCGCUGUCUAAUAAGACUGCUAACCCCACCGACUCUGCCUCUCCACAGGAUGUGGCACUUCGCAAGGCCAUUUCUUCCCUCCAGGCUCGUGUCACUACUAUGGAAGACCGUUUCUCCGCCCUCGACGCCAGGAUCAACGAGCUGGUUGCCGCCCAGGCAGCUACUGCCUCCAAGCUCAACACCAUGGUCGAAGCUCAGGAGGCCGUCGUCACCGUAGUCUCCUCCCUCACAGAAAAAAUGGAUACCAUCUGUGCUCGACUUGAGAAGCUCUACCAGACACCUCCUGCCUCUGCCAUGUCUCCCUCAGGUUGCUCGUCUACCUCCACUCCUCACCGGUCUCACUUCUCAAAGGGUAAGAUUCGACGCUAAUUUCCAACUUGAUAUCAUAUCUUGGAAUGUUUGUGGCAUCACCAACCACGCCAAGCUUGCCCAGCUCAAGGCCUAUGUGUAUCAACACCAUCCAAACGUCAUUUUGCUACAGGAGGCAUUUCCAGGUCGGCCGCUCCCCGCUGGGCAAGCUCCUCCUCUCACAGGGUACGUUCCGUACGUCCACAUGGUAAGGAAUGGCCUCCUGACGUACAUUCAUUGUUCCUUGCCUCACCGCCCUCUCCGCACAUCUACAGAUCCUGACACGACCUUUCAGCUCUUUGAAAUCACGCUUGGGGGUGGCCUCCUUCAGAUAUGCAAUGUGUACUCUGCCCCUGCUCGCCUCAACCUUGCAGCUCUUCCACCUCCUACGGUGCGCGGUAUGAUAUAUCUCGGGGACUUCAACGCGAGGCAUCCCGACUUAGGUGAUCGAUCUGAUUGCACAAACUACCCUGGACUACGACUCCUAUCUUACAUCCGAAGGCAUCAUCUGACGCGCUGGGACACCGGGGGCGCCACUCACUCCCGGGGUGGUACGCUGGAUCACGUCCUCACCUCUGGCCUGGUAACAUCUCAGGUCCAAUGUUCCUCUGUGCCGGCUUUAUUUUCUGACCACGUUGCCCUUCGGUUUUGCUAUUCUCUACCUUCUCUGUCAACCAAUUCUGCCUCUCGACUACGAAUCAAUGUGCCCCCUAAGUAUUGCCCGACAUUUAUCGCCUAUAUAACCCACGUGUUGCCUACCUUUAACGUUACUUCACCUGAUCAGUUAUAUUCCGCUCUUGUCUCUGCCACCCAUGACUUUCACAGGUUGUAUAUCUCACGGCCACACCUCCAGCGUCGCCCUGCUGCUCACCCCUGGACAUUAGACUUGCGCAUUCAAGAGGCAAGGGAAGAAGCUGAGCGUGCUGGUCUUCUGUUUCAAGCAAACCCUACUCCUGAGCUGCUCCGUCGCUACCAAGAGUCAAGGGACGCUCUUGUGGCAUUACAAGAGUGCGUCAUUACAGAGUCCUGGCGGAAGUUCACAGACAGCAUUAACCAGCAGACGAGUGUGGCCUCCAUGUGGCGCCUCAUCCGUCGGG